AUGGCUGAUGGAGACACCGGUGAAAGCGUGAUUUUCCACCAAGAGAGGCGGGCCUGGAACCUUGAUGCUCGCCACCACACGCAUCGCGAGCCAACCGCAUGGGAAAUGACGUCUAAACAAGGCUCGGCCCCACACAUCCCAACGACGAAAAACCUCAUGCAAAGUGAUAUCGAAGUGGGAUGCACCCCUUGGUCCAGCAAACUAUCGAUUAUGUGCAUGCUAUCGGGUGCAAUAUCGCUUCGCUCAUUGGGAACGCGGUCCCGGGAUCCCAGCUGCCAAGGCUGUAAGCCAUCCGGGUCCUUCACGCAGAACACGAGCGAGGCGGCCGAGUUUGGGGAAGAGGACCCGAAAGCAGCAUGGCUCCGGCCACUAGCAUGCCAUCCCAUUCGAGAAGAUGGGUGCGAUGCUUCAACCUCUCCCGACUCUGUGGACAUCCGGGUGCUCGCCGAAAUGAUGGCAAAGUUCACCAUGCUUCCCUCCACCUGCGGUCUCGUCCUCGCUUUCCUGGCAUCUCAGGCCACGGCACUUGCCGUUCGAGUCCAGCCCAGGCAGAGCGACCCGUUCUGUGAUGCUCUCUGGAGCGACAUCCAGAGCCUGUUCCCCGGUCACGGUUGCACCAGGGGCACUGACGACUGCUUCUUCUGCUGCCCUCCCAGCCCCACCACUACUGACGAGCUGUGGGACACCAUGACCGCCGAGAGCGAGGGCGAAGCUCCUUGCCACGCCCACGCGGACGAUAGCCAGUGCCCUGGAAGCUCCACGGGCGCGAAGCAAUCUUUCCACUGCGAUGAGGAUGAGGACCACCUUCGCUUCCUUGCCAAGCUUGCCCGCCGAAACUAA